GCAAUAUAAAAAAUUAAAAAAUGAAAGCAUAUGAUUGUGCAAGGGUUUAUGCUCAGGGAAAGUGAAAGGGAAAGGGAGUAGAAUAGAGGAGAGAAUGAAGGUGGUUGCGCUUGUAAGCGGAGGAAAAGAUAGCUGCUAUGCAAUGAUAAAAUGCAUCCACUAUGGUCAUCAGAUAGUAGCGCUUGCAAACUUGUUUCCCUCGGAUGAUUGCGUCGACGAGCUGGACAGCUACAUGUACCAAACCGUUGGGCACCAGAUCAUUGAUACUUAUCCACAAUGUAUGGGUUUGCCAUUGUUUAGGAGACGGAUACGAGGCACACCAAGGUAUAAAGAGCUUAAGUAUAUUGGAACCGAAGGGGAUGAAGUUGAAGACUUACUGAUUUUGUUGAGUGAAGUCAAAAGACAAAUUCCUGAUAUUGGAGGGGUUUCAUCAGGUGCAAUAGCUUCCAACUAUCAAAGAUCAAGGGUAGAGAAUGUUUGUUCCAGGUUGGGGCUAGUCUCUCUAGCGUUUCUCUGGAAGCAGGAACAAGGCUUACUUCUGCAAGAAAUGGUUGAAAAGGGGAUUGAGGCUAUCCUUGUAAAGGUUGCUGCCAUUGGUUUGGAUCCUAAAAGGCAUCUAGGCAGUGAUCUUGCUACCAUGCAGCCUCACCUUCUGCAUUUGAAAGAAUUAUAUGGAAUAAACGUUUGUGGAGAGGGAGGAGAGUAUGAGACUUUGACUCUUGAUUUUCCUCUGUUCAAGAAUGCCAGAAUUAUUAUUGAAAAUUUCCAAAUUGUGCUUCAUUCGUCAGAUUGUAUUGCUCCUGUUGGGAUUCUUCAUCCUUCAGCAUUUUAUUUGGAAACCAAAACAGGAAAUCUAGAUCCUGUAAUAGGUGAUGAAAAAACUCCUCUGAAUAGAUCAGAGAUGGAUUGGAUUAUUGAAGUUGAAGGAAAUGAUAUACCAAGUGAUUAUAAAUCUGAUAAUUGGUUAGAAGCGUUUCCCGUAGACCUUGAUGCUCAAUGCAAGUGGAAUUUGAUUGUGUCAAAGACUACAAAUGAAAUUCUUAGCAUUGGAUGUUGGGUGCAAAGUACUCCCAAAUCUAUGGAAGGGAUGGAUAUUCAUUUGGCCCUUGUUUUGAAAAGUGUUCAAUGUAGACUUAAAGUAGAUCAGCUUGGAUGGGAUGAUGUUCUCUACAUUCAUCUUUAUCUUUCUGAUAUGAAUCAAUUUGCAUUGGCAAAUGAUACUUAUUUGAGAUAUAUAACUGAAGAAAAUUGUCCUCAUGGUGUUCCUUCACGAUCUACAAUAGAGAUUCCUUUGGUAGAAGGUGACAUAGGAAAGGCAUUUAUUGAAGUUUUGGCAGCGAAAGACAAGACAAAAAAGGUGCUACAUGUUCAGAGUAUCUCAUGUUGGGCACCUAGCUGUAUUGGUCCAUACAGCCAGGCAACAUUGCAUAGGCAGAUUCUUUAUAUGGCUGGUCAGCUGGGGCUUGAUCCUCCUACAAUGCUGCUUGUUUCGGGAGGUGCAGGUGUACAGAUGCAGCAAGCAUUAAUUAAUUGUGAAGCAGUGGUGAAAGAAUUUGGUUGCAAGUUAGUCUCUUCUUUAAUCAGUCUUACAGUGUACUGCCCCGCCUUCCUCACAUCAUGUGAAAGAAGUGAAAUAUGCAAUACUUUAGUGAAAUAUAUGCAUAAGGAGACAACAUUGGGUGGAGAUUCCAGCAAAAUCACAAGGAAUUCUGAAAGUAAUCGACCUCCUAUUCUUUUCAUUCUUGCCGCUAUGCUGCCAAAAGGGGCAUUAGUGGAAGUCAAACCAGUUGUCUAUGUUCCUCUUUGUGAGGAUGAUCAUGAUUCUGAUGAUAAGAUUAUCGACGAUGUAAAAGGUGUUGCAGAUGCCGACAUUAAUGAGAUUGAAGGCUUUAGCUAUGUGCAAAUGACUUCUUCAUGCUGUGAAAGCUUUGAUGUAUGUGGCCAUUUAUGUGCAGCUACACUCACACUUGCAUCAGAUGCAGUAUACAAGAUCUGUACUCAAACACUUCAUGAUGUAUGUACCAUCCAAUCGAGUGAUAACAUCGAACAGAAUAAAUCAUUAACAAACAUUGCAAGAUUUUGUAUGGAUGUCCUUCAUAAAAGGUUGCAAAAGGCUUGCCUCUUUUGGGAGGAUGUCAUGAGCUUCAGAGUAUACUUCGUUUCAAAUGUAGUUCCCUUUGAUAAAUUGAAAAUGGCAUUCACAGAAGCAUCAGAAAUAUAUGGAUUUUCCAAAGAGCCAGCAUUGUUAAAAAAUGAUACUACUUUUGGAUCGCCUGUAACAAGUUUUAUCCCAGUUUUGGGUGUUGGAGGAAAUGCAGAAAUCACUGAUGUUAUAGCAUGUGAGUUGUUUGCAUCUCGUUCUUGAUGGUCCAAUGUGUUAAAUGGCAUUACAAGUUUUCUACCAGACUACAUAUUUUUACCACUUUUGUAAUAUGCCUUGGGGAUUUUCCUUUGCCUACAUACUGGCACACUCGAAGUUUUAAAUUUUUUAUAUUGCAUAUCUCAAAAUUUUGAGUCAUUUUA